UCCUCCCGAGCUCACCCAGCUCAACAGCCCAAAACAACACCAUGAGGAGGUAGCGGGAGGAGAAAGAUGUCACGGGUGGGAGAGUUGUGCUUGGGCAUGUCUGCCUGGAGAGUCAGAGUCCUGAUGGCACUGUGCUUCCUGCCGCAGAACACAGGUCACAUUCAACUUCCUCCUCCUCAAAAUGUUACACUAAUGUCAAAGGCUUUUGACAUGAUUUUGACAUGGAGUCCAGGAGAAGGCUCUCCACCAGAUGUGACAUACACUGUGAGGUAUGAAAGCCAGGAACGCAUGGACAAGUGGAUGAAGGUUCCUCAUUGCAAAAACAUUCACAGAACCUCUUGCAAUCUGACCUGUGUGCUUCCAAACCUCUUUGUUAAAGUCCGGGCUCGAGUAAAAGCUGUUCUUGGACGACUCCAGUCACCAUGGGUAGACUCACAAUUCAAGGAAUACCAUUUGGAUGUGGAAUUGGCUCCCCCGGUGCUCACUGUGAAUGUGGAGGAGAACUUAAUCCGUGUGAAUGCCUCCUUCCCUUUGGCCACCUGUGUAGAGAUUUUCUCUUGGAUGUAUGACUUGAAUCUUUGGGAAGCUGGAUCUACAGACAAGAAGCAGUAUGAAGGUAACUUUAGGAAGAAUACAGUGACUAUUGAUGCCACUGCACUUCGAGGCAACUACUGCUUAAGUGCCAGAUCUUCCUUCCAAAGCAUUGACUUCAAACACAGCAAAUUCUCCCAACCAGUGUGUGUGCUACUAAACCAGAAAGCAGUGGAAUGGAAGUUCCCAUUCUCUGCAACAGCCCCUGUGUUUGUCCUGCCCAUCUUUCUGACAAGUGCCUUCAUCAUCUGCUUGCUGAAACAAGAUGUUAGGCGAAAGAAGAUGCCUCGUGCUUUGGAUUUCUCUUAUUUGAAAAUUGAUGGACCAGCUUUUCACUGUGAGUUCAGUGAAAAGGAAUUCUUCAGGGACUAUCUUAUCUGCACAGAGAAGCCAGUGUCACAAAGGAAGACACACAAAGCUUUAGCAGGAAACAGCCUACCAUGGACGGCUUCUUUCCUCUCAUCAUCAUCAUCUUCAUCAGAGGAGGAGGAGGAAGACAGCAGUACUUUUAUUCCAUACACUGAAAUACUUCGUUUUCCAAACAGGCAUCUCAAUUGUCAGCCAUCCAGAGCAGCACAGGGGGAAACUAGCUUGGACUCUGGGUCUGGAAGUCUAUUUAUGGACAGUGAAUCUGUGCUUGACCCGAGUACCUCGAGUUUCUCUUUCUUUCCAACAAGAAAGAAUGAGGUAGACCCCUCAUCAACCCAAGGAAAUGAGUCUGUAUCCUUCUCACACAGCUCCUCCCUGGGAAGAAUAUCCCUCACUGAUGUGAGAUUCCCAGGUCCCAGGGAGCAUGGACAGCAGGAUACAGACAGGGAUGAAUGCCUGGAAAUGACCCCUCUUCAAGCACCAGCAGAGGGGAUUUGUGCCAAACCUGCACCCAAUGAGCACCACCGGCAGAGGAAAGCUCACCAUUACACCAAGUACUACCAGAAAGCAGUAUUUGAUCUGCCUGUCCAGGUCAGUGAGGUAUCACAUCUCAGCAAGGAUCCCAGCAGUGAGCAACUCAUUGCCUUUCAGACAUUGCAGGUGGCAGAAGAUGAAGGUAUUGCAAGUGACUGUGACAGCGAUCAUUUCACAGAAGAGACACCUCCCAUACCCACAGCGCUCACUGAUGCAUUUCAAACUUCAAAUAUGGAGGAAAAAUAUGAUCAGAGGUUUAAAUUCAAAGGCUUUGGACACACACAUUACUUGGGAAGGAGCUAGAGUACCCUGGCAGUUCUGUGAUGUGCCUGGAAAAUGCUAGAGAGCUCCAGAUUUUCAGGCAAGGACACCUAAACUGGAACAAAGACAAGUGAUUGAUGGUGGUGCUUUUCGUAUUUAUUCACCUAGAUAGAGUUUUAUCUGCUGAUGUCUGGCCUCUCAAGGCAUAUGGCUGCAGGGACACAGAAGGUGUGGUUUGACUGCUAAGUAGCUAAAUUCCCUGUGCCUCUGUACAAGUGCAGCUGUGAUACGGUGUGAGGCAAACGAACCCAGCCAGGGGUAAGACAUGCAGUGUCACCUCACACAAGCAUCACACAGCCAACACACAGUGCCCUGUGUUCACUUCAGACUUCAGAGCAAGGUAACUUCUAUGUGUGUGUUAUGAAAGGCAAAAGCACCUCUGAGACAGAAAAAAUACAGCCUGGACCUGUGAGAAACCAUCAGCUGGGUUCUGAAAACACAGUGUGUUGUACAUGAGUGUUGAUUUUGAGCCAGGAUGAACCACUAGCAUUACAUUUGCUUCUCUUAACUGCCGGACUGCACCCCUGCUUGACUUGCAGAGACAUUCAGCAAUCUUUGCUUUUUGUGGAUCAAAAGCUAGAGAUCACCUUCUGUGUUACAACAGAACGAACUGAAGUCAAAGUGAUAAAGGUGCAGCGUGUUUGUUUGUUUAUUCUGUUUGGUUUUAUAUCAAUGUUGAAGCUGAAGUUCCCUCUGCUGUGCAGAAUGUCUGAGAUGCUUU